CCGCCGUCUACUCUCAUCCAAGACUCCGUCAACACCCAGCUCGGACACUAACGGUGAUUUUCCAGCAGUUAGUUCGGACAGCCGACGGACAGUGCGCGUGCGACGGUGAUUCUGUGACAGUGACGAGAUACAUACUCCAACAUGACUAGAUACGUCACAGUUGCGUUAGUGUUAAGUGCGUGCGUGCUGUUCACGUCGGCUCAGUACAACAACUUCGCGUUCGGUUACGACAACUACCUCGCGACCAACUUCGGCCCCCCGAACCUAGGAGGUCUGUCGGCCGCCGCCACCAGGGACUCCCGGUCUGAUAGAGGCCCUGUUGUGUUCCCACCUUCGCCAUCCGCCGACAACGGCCAAACCAGCGGUGUUGUUAUAGGCGCCUCGGGCUACGGCUUCCAAGCCCCAGGCUCCCAAGGUCCACCCAAGAGAGCACGCUGCAGAUACUGCGCUGUGCACUCCAUACAGCCAGUCCACGUCAGGAUCCAUGGCGAAGGAACAUUAGAACAACGAAAACUGCUAGCAUACCUUGACUGGAUUCGAAGCAUCCGCUUUGACCGCGGCUACACAUUAUCCAAUCCAUGGAGGAAAUUCAGCUGGUUUUGAACAAAAUUAAAGAAAUCAUGUGAAAGAGUUGCCAUUUUUCCACGAACAUGUAAAUAUUUUGUAAAUUAUUUUUGCACACACAUUCACACUCUGUGUGUGUAUUAUAUCCAUGAAUAAGCAAAAUUUAGUUAAUUAAUAGACAAUUUAAGCAUACCUACUCACAAAUACGAGACGUAGCAUUGUUAUUAAUUUUUAAUGUUGAAUACGCUCUAAUUCAUAGAAACUUUGUGAAUGUGUGACUCCAUGUUAAAAUUUUUUAUCUUUACGAUACGAUUUUAUCCCUUUAGCGAAGUAAAGACGAGGUAUUUUUUAUAUCCUUUUUCCAAUUGUUUGAAUUAUGUCUGAGACAGUGAGAUGUUAUUACCAUAUUUUUAACCUAUGUCCGGCUAUGUGUAUGUAAUGACAUUGAAGACUGGGUUUCGAGAUAAAAUAGAUAAUCUUUAAUUAUAGAACGAAACCUUUAUGGUAUAUACGUAUAGGUAUGUUAAUGUUAACUAAUUGAAUUUAAUUAAAAAUGUAUUGAAUUAUACAUAAUAAUAUAGUAAAACAUACUGAAAUAGUCCUUUUAGUUCUUAGUUGUAAACGUAGUUAGAUAUUUAGUCCGCAUUUCUGCUGAUAGUUUUACAUUAAUUUGGAGGUAAUAACAUCUCACUAUUUUUUGCCCAACAUUGUAUCAAUUAUAUAAAUCAAAGAGGCAUAUCUAUGUAUCCAAACAGAAAAUAGGAAUAAAUUACUAUACAUAAACUUAUGUUAUGGGGAAAUUAAAACUAGUCAAAUAAAUCGUAUAUUAUGAACAAUGUUUAAAGGGAGUAAUGUGAAUCUUUACGAUACGCUUUUUUUACGAAGUAAUUGUAUAAAUUUGUGUGCGAUCUAUUUGAAACUAUAGAGGCACAGCGAAAAAUAUUAGCAUGUAAAAAAAAUAUCAUAAUCUUAUUAAGUCCGCCGAUCUAAAUUCCGUCAGCAUGGUGUAUCUAAGUUCCAGAUCACAUAUUCUUAUAAAAGGGAGCCCUGUAAUGCAAUAUAAUAUUUUGUUUAUCUUAUAAUUUUUUUAUAGAUCAUAUUUUUCAUUAUAAGUAUAGAAAAUAAUAGUUGAUAAUUUGAAACAAUAAUACUCAUCAGUUUUUAAGUUAAAGUUUAUUUUCAUGGUACAUACACAUUUAUAUGAAUAUGAAUUUGAAAAUAGAUAGGUAUAGUUAAAUAACCUUUAUUAUUUGUAUAUUUUAUGAACAUUCUUUGUAACAUAAGUGAGAUCUCUAUUUUGUUUAUCAUGUUUACACAAUUUUAAGUGUUUUACCAUUUAUGUGUAUUUUAUUAGUCAGCUUUUAGUUUUAGUAUAGAUCACGACUGUAACAAAAAACUAAUUUUUUCAACAUCAAAUCGUGACUAAUGAAGAAACAUUAAACUUAUUUGAACUCAUAAAAAACGUUAUUACUUAAGUAUACGAAUAGGUACAUAGAUAAAUGUAGAGAUAAUUAAUAAAUAUCUAAUUAGUUAUAAUAUAAUAAUUGAAAUAAUUUUAUUGAAAUAGUCUUUUCUUCUAAGACGAGCGCAAAAAGUAUUCGUCACGUUUUUCGUUUCCUAGACUUCCUAUGCUUUGAGCCGUGAUAGCUCAGUGGAUAUUAUGACCUCUGCCUCCGAUUCCGGAGGGUGUGGGUUCGAAUCCGGUCCGGGGCAUGCACCUCCAACUUUUCAGUUGUGUGCAUUUUAAGAAAUUAGAUAUCACGUGUCUCAAACGGUAAAGGAAAAACAUCGAGGAAACCUGCAUACGAGAGAAUUUUCGUAAUUCUCUGCGUGUGUGAAGUCUGGCAACCCGCAUUGGGCCAGCGUGGUGGACUAUUGGCCUAACCCCUCGUAUUCUGAGGGGAGACUCGAGCUCAGCAGUGAGCCGAACAUGGGUUGAUAAUGAUGAUGAUGAUGAGACUUCCUAUCUUUGUAUGUGAAUCGUACGUAAUAAGAGAAAAGUUUUAGUGUAUGCCUGAUGCAUACGAGCUAGCAUUUUUGAGUAUCAGUGGAUAAGUAUUAAAAACAUAACAUUUCUAGAGGAAAAGGAGUGCCUAAGCUACCUAUUAAAUAAAAAAAAAACCAAACAGACCCAAAAAUGCCUAUUUAAUUAUUUGUACUAUAAACUAGAAACUGCGUCUGGAAAGUACAAUGAAAAAGAUAUCCAAAAGCUAAGAUGGAUAAAAUACUAAUUUUUAUUAUCCAACAAACAACUGAAAGUGGCGCCGGUGACAGAAAGAUUGAGGAGUUGAAGGUUAGCUUGGUAUAGACAUGUAAUGCGUAGGGAGGAAAGUCAUAUUACUAGAAAAACAUUGAAUGUGCAAGUGGAAGGACAUAAGAGGAGAGGAAGGCCAAAGAAGAGAUGGCUGGAUUGGCUGAAAGAGGACAUGUGUAUAAAGGGAGUGGAUGAUGAGUUGACGAGUAAUAGAGAUGAAUGGAAUAGAAUGAUAUAUUUUUCCGACCCUACUUAAGUGGGAUAAGGGAAAGAAGAUGAUGAUGAAACCAAAAACCAUUUUUAAUUAGGUACAUUUAACAUAUUUUAAUGUUUUUUUUCAGCUUUUUUUGAAGAACCUUAAAGGUCUUUUACUGUAGGUGAAAAACUAUCCAUAAACAAACACAAUGUCUGCGUCUCAAGUAACUAAUAAAUUAUAAGAAGUGAUUUAUUUCCAUAAGUUACCUUUAUUAAUUAUCAAAUUUAGUAUUAUAAAAAUAUAAAUUUUCAUUGC